AUGAAGGAAUGCCAAGGGAAGCUUGACGGCAUCUUGUCAGACUCCUCAAAGUUUGAGCAUCUCACACGAAACCUGACCGAGGACAUCAAGAGGGAUGCCAACUGGGUCUUCAGUACCAUCAAUGCGGCAACUAACACUGUCCACCUCCCGCCUAUCUUAGCAGAUUUCAGCCUUGGUUACCUCUAUGGGAAUGUGAAAACCCAUAAGGAAGGCAACCCUCUCCACCAGAUUAUCAGCCAGAUACCUGCCCCGACAUAUGCCUUGGCCAAGCACCUCAAUCAAAUCCCGAGCCGCUACAGCCUGAGUACAUUAUUGGGGUUCCUCAAGGAAAUUUGCAACUCCACUUGCACUGGCAUCAUGGUGUCCCUUGAUGUCGAAUCCACAUUCACAAACAUGCCCGUUGACGAGACCAUCGACAUCAUCCUGAAUUGUAUCUACCUGCUUCCGUCAACGGCCCCACUCAAUAUCCCAGAAGCCUCUCUGCACACUUUAAUGGACAUCUGCACAAAAGAGCCCCCUUCUACACCCAUCAAGGACAGAUGUUCUGUCAGAAGGGAUGGUUUUGCUUUGGGUUCUCCUCUUGGAGUCCUCUUCGCCAACUUCUACAUGGGCAUGGUGGAAGAGAGGGAUUUGCUCAGAGCCAGUGCCGGAUAA